UAGUGUUUAUCGCUCUUGUGUGUAUGUCACGCAAUUGAAAACCUUCUUUCUCUUUUUGUGCGAUUUUUCAGUAUUUGCUAUUUGUUUAUUGUGAAAAAAUAAUGUCGGGAUACCGCAAGGUGAACUAUUACGAAUUGUGUCGAUUGUGUACUAGCAGUGAAGGUAACAAGAUGAAUAUUUUUCGUGAUGAAGGACGUAGACGACAAUUGCAAACAAAAAUACAGACGUAUCUUCCGAUACAGAUUAUGGAGGAGGAUUCAUUACCAAAAAUUGUAUGCCAUGAAUGCGUCAAGAAGCUAGAGAAUUUCAUAGAAUUUCGAGAAACUGUUGUCAAUGCUGAGGGUAUGUUGGAAUCUUAUUUCACUUCACUUCGUUUUUCCGAAGAAUUUCUGAAAGAAGGAAAAGUUUAUGUAAAGAAUACUGAAAAGGAAAGACCGUCUACACCAGAGGAUGAAGUUCUAAAGUCAUUGGAUAAACCAAUACCAGUGGGAGGCCAAAUAAUAAAUAAUCAACAAACAACAGAUCAAAUACAUCAGCAACCUGUCGUAGUUAGCAAUAUAAAUACUUCUAAUAUACAAAUUAUUAGUGGUGUUCAAGCAAGGGUACAACAAUACAAAUGUGCUAUGCAGAUGCAACCAGGUGGUGUGGCAGCAGCUGUCGUUGAAGCUACAGCAGAAACUCAUUACAGUUACCAACAACAAACUUCUCAAGUAUCACAACAAUCAAAUGAAGCGCAAAAUCAAAUCAGUGAUCAACAAAAUCAGUCUCCUGUAAUUCAGACACAAACUCAAAAUCAAAUACAGAAUCAUAACCAAAUAAAUCAGCAAGUACAAUCCCAAAGAGCAAUGUCUCAACAAUUGAAUCAGUCGGCACAGUUAUCUCAACAGGUCCAACAACAGAGUCAAAGUCAAAUCAGUCAAUCAGUACAAAAUCAAUCACCGCUAUCACAGCAGCUUCAACAAUUACAGAAGCAACAACGUGAAUUUGAAAAACAGCACAGACAACUUCAACUUGAGAAACAGCAAGUGCAAAUUAUAACACAACAAGAGUUUUCAGUGAAACAAGAGACACCAGUUGUACAUCAAAAUAAUAAUAUAGUUUUCAAAACUGAAACGGAUAUAGAAUCGAAUCAACAAAUUAUACAAAAGAUACAAUCCGAAACCCAAAAAGAUGAAUCUCCUAACCCAACUGUACAAACUUACACUACAGUAGCAACGCCAGAAGUAUUUCUAAAUUUAGGUUUUAAAGAGACUCCAUUGAUGACGAUUCGAGACGACAAAGAUUUUAAAGAAUUGACAAAAACGUCGUCUGAUGAUGGAAUGUCUCGUAAUUCAAUUGAACAGAUCAGAGAAUUUCUAAGGCUUAGAUCAGGAUCGGAGCCAAAUCCUCUAAUCACUGUCAAUCCUCAAGGACUUUCACAAAGUGGAAGAAACGCUAUUUGUCGUGAUUGUGGUAAAAGCUUUCCUUUAUUCAAUCAAAUGAGCAAUCAUAAUUGUAAUGUUGAGACACUUGUAAGCGAACCAUCAGAUUCCGGAAGUAAGGAUGAUUCCUUGCAAACUAAUGUUAAUUCUUUUAAUUGUGACAUUUGUAGUAAGCCAUUUAAACGGAAAGAACAUCUUUUCCAACAUCGAAAAUUACAUACCGGUGAGCGACCAUAUGUGUGUACGACAUGUACAAAAGCAUUCAGUCGUAAAGAACAUUUAGUUAGACAUUCGGUUUCUCAUACUGGACAAAAAAUGCACGAAUGUGAAAUGUGUGGUAAAAGUUUUUCACGUAAGGAUAAUCUACAUAAACAUCGAAAAACGCAUGGUGUAUCUGGUCCUUACAUCUGUGAAACUUGCGGAAAGUCAUUUGUUGUAAAACAUUAUUAUGUAAUGCAUUUAACUACUCAUGCGGUAGCUGUUAUGGAUGGUAUAAAUUGUCCUGAUCCAUUUCCAUAUAAAUGCGAUAUAUGCCACAAAGCAUUUUCAGUAAAACAAUAUCUUACUACACAUAGACUUAGACAUAGAUCGAAAAAUAAUAAUUCUGCACAAAAUAGUUUAAACGGGCAUCAACAACAGUCGAAUUCUACAAAUAAUGUGAAUGUAGUGACAAAUAACGUUAGUAAUACUGGAAAUUUAAAUAAUAAUGGGCAAUCUAGCAAUGAGUCGACUGUUGAAAUGCAAAGCGUUAUUGAACGGAACGAACAAGUUAAUAGUUCAUUUGCUAACAGUCAGUAUCAUACUAAUAUGCAAGAGUUUCAAUGAGAUAAGGGAAAGCGUGUCUAUUAUGUUCUCUUGCCAAAUGGUAACAAUCAUAAAAUCGUGGUUGUAUAAACAAGAGAAAUUUUAUGACGCGCUGAAAUAUUUUCUUAUGGUUUUGUUCUCUUGAACGAACGUGGUAUUUGUACUUUAAUACUAUAGGAAUGAAAUCAAAAUAAUUAUUCUAACAAAUUAGAUAUUUUGAUGUAUACACAUCGGACAGAAAGUAGAUCUGUUGAAUUCACUGGACAUAUAUUUUGCCAACAAAUUAUAUGAAAUACAUGCUGUAGUUUUUAAAUGAGUGCUCAUUCGGAUCUAAUAUUUGAAAGAUAUGUGUUAUUAUAUGUUAUUAAGGGGAUGUUGGAGUGAUGGCCGAACUUGAUUGAUGUCGAUAAUACAAAUUGUUUUUAAUACUAAAUUAUAAAAAUGUUGAUAAUAGCAUCUUUAAUUCAUUUCUUACAUUAUCGCUCUGUCUCACUCAAAUGCAUACAUCUGUCCUUAUCUAACAUAUUACAACGCAAUCUUUUGCAAGAUCCGGCACCUACUGCUAGACACAAUUACUGCUCUGUUUACCAUUUUGAGUCUUCGCUAAACAUACGUAUACACAUAAUUUACAGCUGAAUAUGAAGCCUACAAUGUGUUUUUUGCUUCUUGUUUCUUAUUUCUUAUUUUAUGCUUUUUCCUUCUUUAAAAUUUUAUCGACAAUCACGUUUCUUUUCACGUGUUUCUUGUCUCUUUCAAAGUUUGUCAACUUUUAUCUCCAGCGAUAGAAAGUAAAGAAACUGAACAAAAGGCGAGAAAUAAAAGUGAUAAAAAGCAAGAUACAGGAAACAAAAAACACAUUGUAAAUUAGGCUUAAAACUUUCUUUUUAAGCUUCCAAUCUUAAUUCUAUAAACUUAAUAUUGUUUGUUCAUGUAAUCCGACGGGUAGUGCAAUGUCAAUUUGUUCAUAUGAGCUAUAGAAUUUUAUAUUAAGGAAUCGUCUACAUCAGGUGACAGCUUUACGAGUUGAAAAAUGUAAGUUUUUAAUUUUUUUUUUGAUCUUACAAUUAGUAUAAAGUCCACCACUCUAUCUCUUAGUUUUGUGUCUACUUCAAUCCUGUAAAAGGAGAUUUUUAUGUCGUUCAAAAGUUUUAUACGGCUAUAAUGUAUCGAUAAUUCGCGACUCCACCAUCCCCUUAAUACUUGUAUGCAAGAUUCUGUAUAUGAGUAUAUUUCUAUCUGCAGCAAAUACAAUGAUUAUAGAAAUUCAAGGUCAUUCAAGGUCAUAGACAUAAAAAAAAGUUGAAAAAAAAAGUUCAUUGUCAUUCUCGAAUGCGCGCCAACAAACAUUAGUAUAUAUUUUAAUUUAUUCUUUGAAAGAACCAAAAUAAUGGUGAAUAAUUUUGCAAGAUGUAAUAUGUCCGUAUUAUUAAAAUCACAAAUCAGUUUGAACUUAUGAAUCUUGCCAGUACAACGAAUUGUAUUGAUCCAUUAAU